AUGUAUGAUAGGAAUCAUCCGAAUCAUACAGGUUUGCGGGAUGAAUUUAUAGAAAGGGUUGCUAGCUUUAUUGUUAAGGCAAAGACACUUGAUGAUUUUCUUAUCGAUGGGAUAAUUAGGUGCCCCUAUAUGAAAUGCAAGUGUCUUAAGUUAUUGCGGCCUGAUAGUGUUACUGUUCAUUUGUAUAAGAAGGGGUUUAUGAAAAAUUAUUACGUGUGGACUGUGCAUGGGGAGAUUCAUGCUAGUGUAGAUGAUGUUCAUUUUGAGAACUCAUUUGGUGGUGAAGAAGGUAGUCGCACAACGGAGAAUAUUAAUGUUGAAAAUUAUAGAUUUAAUGAAAUGAAGAGGGAUGCUUUCCCUGAGGCUCAAUCCGAACCAAAUGAUGAGGCUAAGAGCUUCUUCAAACAGUUAGAGGAAGCUAGUUGUCCACUUUAUGAAGGCGCAACGCAUUCAAAGUUGUCUGUUGCAGUUAGAUUACUAAGUAUUAAAUUGGAUAAUUCUAUUUCUCAAGCGGGCAUGGAUUCUAUCAUUGGCCUUAUGAAUGAACUUAAUCCAACCAAGAUUGACUUGCCCAAAGAUUUUUACACGGCAAAGAAAGUGGUUUCCAAGUUGGGUCUUUCAUCGGAGAGGAUUGAUUAUUGUGAGAAAGGUUGCAUGUUAUUCUAUAAGGAAGAUUCAGCUUCAGAAAAUUGUGAAUUUUGUAACCAGCCGCGUUACAAAGAAGUGACAAAUGCUAAACAAAAGAAGGUUCCAGUGAAGGCGAUGCACUACUUACCCCUUGUACCAAGGUUAAAGAGGUUGUGUGCAUCAAUGAGUUUCGCUCAUCAUAUGAGAUGGCAUUAUGAACAUAGAAGGCCAGAUGGCGUGUUAUGUCAUCCGUCAGAUGGAGAAGCAUGGAAGCAUUUUGAUAGGGCGUUCCCAGACUUUGCAGGUGAAUCGAGAAAUAUUAGGCUGGGAUUAUGUGCUGAUGGAUUCACUCCAUUUACAGUGUCUGCUGCACCAUAUUCAUGCACAUAUAUAUUUAGUGGCCUUGCUGGCACAGCGGCAUGGUUAAUGCGGGGACUUAGGCCAUUCUGGCGUUUUAUCUCAGUAUCAGUAUUACCUGAGGUUUUGGGAUUUGGCAUUGAUUGUUAUAACGAUAGGCUUUGGGAAGACUCAAGAUUUAUGCUUCGUGUUGAGGUGAUUCACAAGAAAGGUGAUUCAGUCGGGCAUUUCUUUGAGAAGGGUGUUAAUGUGCUAGCAGAGCCUUGGAGUUGA